CCCAAAAAUGGCCAAAUCGUGCAUCAUAAUCGGCGGCGGAAUCGCAGGUAUCACAGCCGCUCUAUCACUAUCUCAAAUCGGCAUCUCGUGCACCAUUUACGAGCUCCGCGCAACACCAGCCACCAUUGGCGGAGCUGUGAACUUGACGCCAAACGCCCUUCGAUUACUGGAAUCGCUGGAUGUGGAAUUGUAUGGAUGUCGUGUUGACUCCAUUGAGAUUUUCUCUUUGCAUACAGGGAAGAAACUCGGCGAGCUUCCGUUUCGGAAAUUCGGUCCGGCUUUGAGGAUUUUGAGGGAGGAGUUAUUGCGGGCAUUGUUGCGUGCUUUGAGUCGGAAGGGAGUUGUUGUGAGUUAUGGAUAUAAGUUGGUGGCUAUGAAGGAUGAGAGUUUCGAAAAGGAGGUGACAGCCGUGUUCGAGAAUGGCGAGGAAAUCAAGGCCGAUUUCGUACUUGGAUGUGACGGUGUGCACUCAGCUGUACGCUCCAAAUACGUUGAUCCCGAACGCUUACCUAUCUACACCAACGUCGCAGUUGCGUAUACCGUUGUCGAAGAUUAUGGAACCAAGCCCCACUUUCACCACACCUCCAUGAAUUCAGGUCGAUUUGGUUCAUUACUCACGUCCUACGUUGAUCCCGAUCGAACCAAGGUCUACCUAGGAGCAGUCAUGGAAGUACGAGAGCAGAAUGACAGACAGGGUUGGAAAGUUCGAGGAAGUGACCGACAAAAGACCUUGGAUGAAAUCAAAAGGAGGUACAGAAACACUGCCAUUCUGUGUGUGAAUCAGCUUGUACAGAGGGCGGAUGACUUUGUCUUCUAUCCCGUUUACACACUUAGAGCGGGUGGUCGUUGGUCUCGUGGAAGAGUGCUUCUCCUAGGCGAUGCUGCUCAUUGUAUGCCUCCACAAGGGGAAAGUACUAGAUUAGCGAUUGAAGAUGGCAUCUUAUUUGCCCGUGUUUUUGAAACCUGUGUCGAGGUAUCAGUGGAAGAAGCCCUCCAAGUGUAUGAGAAGACUCGUCGGCCACGAAUUGAUGCUGCAUACAAAGAGGCGGUGUCUAGGUGGGAGAGUGUCAAGGAUAAGAGCUGGUUGAUGCAGAAGAUUAUCGAGUGGUUGAUGUGGGUGAUCUUGUGGUACAAAAUGAGCCACUUCGAGACGAGUAUUUCUUAUGAUGUGCGGAAGGAGGUCUUGCGUUCAUGAUCGAGCGUGCUACAGUUGUAAGACUAUUGAUAGAUCAGAAAAUGUUUGAAAGGACGAAUAAGGGCAGAGAAAGAGACUUGCGCAUCAUCGGAGACCAUUUUGGUUCUGAAUAACCUUUUCAGUCUUUAAGACGGCAUUCUGAUAG